AUGCCAGCCAAAGCCCAUCGCCCCGGCAUGGUCCGCACACACUCUCGUACUUCCUCUGGUGGUUCUUCUAAGGCCGGUCUCAACCUCCAAUUCACUCAGAAGGACCCACCACCCCCGCGCACGGGCGAUAAAGCGAAGAAGUCCUCUCACAUGCAUCACGAGCCCAUCGCGCGCGUCGCCAGCGCGCACCUCAUGCGCUCCAACAGCGGCGUCCGCGUGCACUCAAGAGAGAACAUCGCCGCGGCCGUUCGUCGGGCCCCGACCCCUAAUGCCGCCGCCAAACAUAAUGGGGCUACGGCCAAACAGAAGGUCGACUUUUCUAUAUCAAGUCCCGAGGAAGAGGGUGAUGAUGACGAAUGGGUUUCGAGCGAGAGCGGCGCCGCGACCCCGAACAAUGAGUCCGACCAGGAGCCCACACCUAUCGAGCAAGCUCAAAAGCGACUCGUAGCCCUCGCUGCGCCUUCUAAAUCGUCUCAGCAGCUGAACGCUUCGGUCGGUCACGAUGUCGCGACUCCGAAGGCCGCCCCACCUUCGCUGCCUCGUGUUGAUACGGCACGCCAGCUUCCUGUCACUCCGACGGUGCGUCCCGUAUCGGCCCAGGAGCAGAAUACGGGGUCCGAAUCUGCAGCAAGGCCAACGCAGGAAGAUCACCUGCGCCCCCAAGUUGAAAUCCAGAUUUCAAGUGCCACACCGCCGGUGAGCAAGGCCCGCUCAGAAACGCACUCUCCUCCACGUCGUUCUCCGGAUAUCGACAACGCCCGCAAGCGACAAUCCAUGACGCGUCCACCCUCCACGCAUUCCAUCACCUCCCCGGUGACUUUACGACCACACCCUCUCAUCCGAGGAAACUCGUAUGGUCAAGGCGCCCUUGCCCCUCCUGGACUUGCCCCACUGGCCACUGUACUGCCAGACUCUGCCUCCGGUCAGUUGACCACCGCUUCCAAUUCUCCUACAAGUCUCCGUGCCGCUUCCCCCACGAGCAUCCGCACCGUGUCGGGAUCACCGAAUCUAUCUUCCCCCGCCUCCUCACAAGCCCAUCGGCAGCUCCGACGCACCUCCACCUCCUCCGUUGCAUCGAGCGCGACCAUGCCCGUCGGUCCAUCCGCCAGCGAGAAGGUUGGCCGAUCAAACCACGAUCGGAAUCGGACGAUGUCCACCAUCUCGUCCAGCUCCUCUAUCGCCGCUCUGACCAACUUCACUCUGCGAUCCGCCCCAUCCCCCACCCGCACACCCAUCAUGAUCACAUCCCACUUCCCCCCGCAAGAUCAGAACGCCACUUUGGAGACGAUUCACCCGCUAUUGCCUCCACCCUACCUCAGCGCACAUCUCACUGUCCUGGCGUAUCGAAACCCCAUCGCAGAGUCAUAUGACAGGGUCAUCCGGGCGAAGCAUCGCAGAUGA